UUUAACAAAUUUCAUGGUUGAAUGUACAGAAUUAGCUCCCUUAGAGUGCACCAGAGUUGCUUUAAUACUAAUACACUAAUACAAGUCCUAUAUCAAAGUGUCAGUACUAGUGUUGGUGUCUUUUAGCAGUAUUUCCUCAUAUAGCUUUGGAAACUUACUGACUGAAGAAGAAAGAAAUUAUUGUAAUUUGUCAUCAUUUUUUCAUUUGAUUAGCCUUUGUUUUUGUUACUUUAGAAUAUAUAAGUUUCCUUGUGUGCUUGGCUAUGGGGACUGAUUUGACUGUAUUUCAAUAACUGGAUGGGUUAAUAAUAUACAGUAUACUGACCAAUGUGACCUUUUUAUGCAUAUUCACUUAAUUUAUCCUCUACAUCUACUUUAUCCCCUACAGUCCCAAAACAUGCAGAUGAACUGAAAAUUGCCUGUAGGUGUUGAUGUGACUGUGAAUGCAUUUAUUUCUCUAUGUGUUAAGUCGUUCAAAGACUGACAACCUCUUCAGGGUAUUUCCAACUUUUUUCUAGGAAAGCUCCACCACCCUGUGAGUGAUAUAUAUGUGUGCAGAAAAUAGAUGAAAACCCUCCAAGUGAGACAGUCUGCAAACAGAUUAAUCACAGCAGAUGUAUUUUUUUUUAAAUAGUUGUUUUUAAACACCAUUUGUGAUUGGUGGACAGAUUAAACGCUCUCUGAUGCAGUUCAUCUGGGGCUGUGUAAAGGUAGCAGCAGGCAAUUCAAACAGAUUCAAAGGACCAAAUAUAUAUAUAUAUAUAUAUAUAUAUAUAUAUAUAUAUAUAUAUAUAUAUCACUGAUAAAUGACCCUCUUAAUGAACUGAUUUUAUGUACUAUUAAUAUGUACAUACAGCAUGUAUUUAGAGCAAGGAACAAAAUUAUGUUUUGACCUGGAUUUUUGAAAUGUGCCACAGAUGUUUGCAGAGAUUCCCUAAACUGGCCCAUAUGGGUAUACUCACAUGAGCUAGAUCUCAUUCUGUGAACUGUGUGAAGACAGUGGUGUCAUGAAUUUCAUUAGCUACAACAUUGGCAAAACAACAGAAAAAACAAUGCCUCAAGAACAGCUUUUUAUAUAUCACUCAGUACAGCUCCAUUAUCUAGGGAGGACUGAAUGACAUACAGAGGUUUUACAUUUAGUUUUAAAAAACAAAAUAUAUGAAGCCCAUACUGUAUAUUCACCUCUGUAGUGUGAAGCCAAGUGUGAAUAUUUGAUGCUCAACAUGCUUAAAUAAUGCCAUCUAGUGGUCAUGAAUGGAUCUUCUUUUUUAACUGAUACAAAGUAUGUACCUUUUCUUUCUUUUUUUCCCAGAAUAUCCUCAUGAAGAUGACAAAUCAAAACAUAAUUGUCAUGGUUGGAUGCCAAUAAACACCAGAGACCAUGGAAGGAGAAAACUUACUGAACUCCACUGUAAAUACUAGUACAAUGGAUAUCCACCUAGUGACUCACAGUCUCUGGGAGGUGAUCACCAUUGCAACUGUGUCAGCUAUAGUCAGCCUCAUCACCAUUGUGGGGAAUGUUCUGGUAAUGCUAUCCUUUAAAGUCAACAGCCAGCUAAAGACAGUGAACAAUUACUACCUGCUGAGUCUGGCAGCUGCAGACCUCAUCAUAGGCGUUUUCUCCAUGAAUCUGUAUACCUCCUAUAUACUAAUGGGCUACUGGGCCUUAGGAAACCUUGCCUGUGACCUGUGGUUGGCGGUAGACUAUGUGGCCAGUAAUGCAUCAGUCAUGAACCUGUUGGUGAUCAGUUUUGACAGAUAUUUCUCCAUCACCAGGCCUCUGACCUACAGGGCCAAACGGACUCCCAAACGAGCUGGGAUUAUGAUAGGUUUAGCCUGGUUGGUGUCGCUUAUUCUGUGGGCUCCACCGAUACUCUGCUGGCAAUACUUUGUAGGAAAAAGGACUGUCCCUGAGAGGCAAUGCCAGAUCCAGUUUUUCUCAGAGCCGGUAAUAACCUUUGGGACAGCAAUUGCAGCCUUUUAUAUCCCUGUGUCAGUCAUGACAAUCCUCUACUGUCGAAUUUACAAGGAGACAGAGAAGAGGACCAAAGAUCUGGCCGAGCUUCAGGGGAUUAACUAUGCCACAGACUCUGGAGUCACUCAGCCUCAGAAGACCAUUAUUAGAUCCUGUUUUAGCUGUAAACUAAGAUCGACUUCGCAUGACAGGAACCAAGCCUCCUGGUCAUCUUCCAGCAGGAGCAACGCUGCCAAAUCAGCAGCCACCAGCAACGAUGAGUGGUCCAAAGCUGGUCAGUUGACCACCUUUAAUAGUUAUGCCUCCUCAGAGGAAGAGGACAGGCCUGUGUCUCCAGGAGGCUUCCAGCCCUCAUUCAGGAGCCAGGCUUGCGAGACCAGCAAGAGUGGAGUGGGCAGCGAGAGUGAGCAGCUCAGCAGCUAUGACGAGGACAGCUUCUUCCAGACGCCACCGAAAAGCAACUCUCAAAAGAGUAGCAAGUGUGUGUCCUAUAAGUUCAAACCUAUGGCCAAAGACACUCACGUGGAGCACCAGAGCAAAAAUGGAGACACCAAGAUGGCAUCGUCGGCAUUUUCCUCGGCUGAGUCCAUGAGCAUUCCAUCCACCUCCUCGACAGCUAAACCCAUAGACGCCACACUGAAGAACCAGAUCACCAAGAGGAAGAGAAUGGUGCUGAUCAAGGAGAGGAAGGCAGCUCAGACUCUCAGCGCUAUCUUGCUGGCCUUCAUCCUAACAUGGACGCCUUAUAACAUCAUGGUGCUGAUUUCCACCUUCUGCUCGGACUGCAUCCCCCUGUCCCUCUGGCAUCUGGGCUACUGGCUGUGCUAUGUCAACAGCACCGUCAAUCCCAUGUGCUAUGCCCUUUGUAACAAGACUUUUCAAAAGACCUUUCGCAUGCUCUUACUCUGCCAGUGGAAGAAGAAAAGGAUUGAGGAGAAGCUGUACUGGUAUGGACAGAACCCUGUGGUCAGCUCCAAACUGACAUGAACUAUUACUUUUUUUAAGAUGGCGAAUGGCGAUGGCUGUAAAUCAUAUGUUUGUACUGAUAAUACUUGGCUUUAUGAACUUGAAUUCUACAUAUUAGGUGAUAUCAAAAGUAAAAAUGAUAUAUCAAGAAGCUGGUACAAUUUAUAGUGUUGCUAAUUAAUUAGUAGGUCUGCUACUGUGUAUGUUAAUUACUGCUCAAACUAUGGAAAUGGAAAAUAAUUCUAAAAUUGUCCCAAUAUACUGUAAUCAGUGACAUUGUACAUAGAUACUAAAAUAUUAAAAAUUACCAGUAUUUUCCCCCAUAUUAUACUGUAUUUGUAUUCAAGAUGCACUGUUGGACAUCUGGAGACCAUAAUAAAACUGUUUCAGUCUAAUAAUUGACCCUGUAUAUUGGUUAAAAUUGUUAAAAAGGCCAGUUUCCCCCUCAAGUUGAUGCUUUGCACACAAAAUAUCAUAACACAUGCAGAGCUGUUUGAUAUUGUAGGUACUGUGUUUGUAUUGAGGAUGCAGUAUUUUGGGGUUGCUAUUUUAUUUUAAAGGGCUAAUACAUACUUUCCUGAUGCCGGAAUCUGCUUGCUAAGCCAAGAUUGUAACUUGAUGAUAAUCAAAGCCUUUUCACAUGUGCCAUUUUCAUUUGUAAGAUGAGUGAAUAUAGAUUCAGUUUAAUUGUUUUCACAAUACAUACAUUUUCUGUCCUGCUAAAUCUUGUUGAAAAUAAAGAUUAAUUAUUCCAUAAAUUACAAGAAUGAAUAAACAACACCAAUCUGAACCCUACUGGUCUACCCUACCAAUCCUAUAAAAUAAAAGACUUGAUAGUCAUUUUACUCAAAAUACAUGACAAACUUGUUAAACAAUAUCAGUGUUUACAUAGAGAAUAAUAGGGAGGAUUUAAAAACACGUUGUUUAUUAUAAUCUGUUUAUUACUCUUCAUCCUCAGGAUCUAUUCUUUUCCUUUGAGCACUGAAAUACAGUAGUCAGUAGACAGUAAUCAGUGUCACCAUAUCUUCAUUGUAUUUCUGGCAAACUUGUAACGUAUCGUGACAAAAAAAAAAGCUGUUUGUUUGUGUAAUGUUCUUUUCUGUCAGCAUUGGAUGGAAGACGGCAUACAAAAAUAUUUUACACGUGUCAUAAGCUAAAUGUCAUGAAACACUUUUUUUGUAACUGUGAUGAACCAGGAAUCUGCACUUGCAAUUUGGGGAAUGAAAGAAAUGCUUUGCUUCAUGUGGUGUAUGUUGGAAACAAAGCUAGAGCUAAAACGUAAUGCAUUUUUAUACUGUGUUUCAAGUUUGUGAUUAAUUUUUUUUGUUGUUCUUUUCAGUAUUUUGUGAUCAUGUCCAUGUAUUUCUGAAUAAAAUGUGGUGAAUUCAG